CACAUUUACCUUACCAAACCAAACACUAUCUAUCCACUCUUCCUUCCCACAAACCAGAAGAAACCGGUUUAAGUUGUUAAACCCUAAAGUAAUUAUUUGUCGUCAAUUAAUAAAAUUCUGGCCGUCCGUCCGAUCAAACCACAAAUGACAACUGCAGAACCCAUGGAUACCGAUACACAAAUUAAGGAUGUUUCUGAAUUUACACUCGCUGAGUCACUGGAAAUGGAAUCUUUAUACAAGAAACGGGGUAAAGAAUCACAACAGCAGGAGCUCUGUGCAGAACUUGCAACCAAAUUCAGUAACUCAGCAUAUCGAAAUGGAAAAUCUAUUAUCACACAGGGCCAGGUACACUCCUGGUUUCUUGAUAGACAGUUGUAUUCAACCAUUAAGCGUAAAACCUCGGUGGUGUCAGAUGCAGUGGCAAAGCAGCAUCCGACGAUAAACCCUUCAUCAAGUGGUCUAAAAAAUCUUAUUGCCUUGUCCAAAGCAUGGGCUGCAGCUGAAAAACCAAAGAAGCCUAAAGCUCAACGCGUUGCAGAACUUUCAGAUUUGAUGUUUGAAGCUUUGUCAGCAAAGGAUUGUGCUUGGUAUGACGUGGCUACAUUUCUUACUUUCCGAAUAAUGUACUCUGGGGAGCUUGAAGUUCGUGUAAGAUUUUCUGGUUUUAGUCACGAUGAAGAUGAGUGGGUGAAUCUAAGAAAGGGAAUUCGUGAGCGGUCAAUCCCCUUGGAGGCUUUAGAAUGUCAUAAGGUCAAAGUUGGUGAUCUUAUCUUAUGCUAUAGGGCAAAUGAAGAUCACGCACUUUAUUCUGAUGCACAUGUUUUACACAUUGAAAGGCAGCUGCAUGAUAAAGAUGAUUGCACUUGUACCUUUUUGGUUCGGUUUGAGUACGAUAAUGCCGAGUUGGAAGUCCAUUGUAGCGAGAUAUGUCGAAGGCCUUCAUGAAGGUCUCUGGUAGAGAGCUGGAAUUGUAUCUCAUCUGAAUAACUUGGAGAUAGAUUUUGAAAUCUCGGACAUGUACCCGACAUUGCAGUUGCAGGUUUCCAGCAAUCUCGACUCACAUUGUGCUGUAGUUGUAAGAAUAUUAUGUUUGUAGUAAUAACUAACAAUAAAUUUUUGCAUUUAAUAAGAUGUUUUUUUUAACGGAAAAUUAUAUUAAAAUAGCCACUGGCAAGUGGCAAGGGGUUAGAGGCAAAAUAUAUAUAAUUUUUAGAUGGUCGUCCCUACUCAAACUUAAUAUUGUAUGUCUAUUUCUACCGUUAAUUUAAUAAGUGAAUAAUGGAGUCAGCAAUAACAAUGUU